CGAAUAUUCAAGCCUCUUGUUUGUGUUUGUUGUUGUCGAGCCAGCCACCAGCAGCCAUCACCACGAAGCACUCACUGGAGCGAGCGAGCGAGAUGCGGGUGGUCGCAUUUGGAGAAGCCAUGGUGCGGUAUGCGCCAAUGGCAGUGGAUCAAGCACCUGAGGACCCCAAUGCACAGGUUAUGCUGCGUUCCAUUGGAGGAGAUGAGCUGAACGUGUGUGUUGCGCUUGCGCGCCUGAGAGCCGACGAACAGGAAGGGGAGCGCGAGCAGAGCACACCCGCGCCGCAGUGGGUGUCAGUGUUGCCCACGGGGCCGCUGGGCGACCUGGUGUACCGCAGCGGUGACUUGGCUGGGGUCGACCAGCAGUUUGUGCUGCGCAUCCCCGGUGCCGAUGUCGGUACCUUCACUGUCCUGCCAGAGCUGAAGCGGGUGCACUACCAGCGCCAGCACUCUGCGUUUGCGCUCCACGACCCGAGCCAGCUUGACUGGGACAAGAUCUUGGGAGGGUCAGACAAGAAGUGGCUGCACAUGACGGGCAUCACGCCAAUGAUCUCCGAGAACUCGUACAACUCGUGGACACGUGCGAUGAUGACGGCCAUCAAGCGCAGGAUUCCAAUCAGCAUCGAUUUCAACCACCGCAAACAACUCGGCACUCUGUCGAAGCUGUGGUCCAUCAUGGUUCCCCACUUGCAGCACGUGGAGUUGCUCAUCCUCUCCGUCGCGUCACUGCUGGAGAUUGUUGACCAGGAGCUUCCGGUGCUGCGCUCUCACGUUCCUGCCGCCGACACGCCAUACGAGGAUGCAGCGUGGGGUGCACUGAUGCGUGCUUUCCAGCACCACGUGUGUGUGCGUCGCCUUGCCGUGUGCUUCAAGACGCGUGACGAGACUGGGCUCCAGAAACGGUGGUCAGUGAUUGCGAGUGACGCUGGUGUGCACAACACGCUUGUCACGCCCGUGUACCAUCGCCCAAAGGACGAAUGUGGCGGCGGCAGUGCCUGGGCAGCAGGCAUGCUGGACUGGUUUUCGCUUCACGGCCACGACAAUUCGCCAUCCCUCACAGCCGCAGCCAGACAUGCAGACAUCCUGGCUGCCAUGUGUCAGGAGACACAAGGCGACCACUCGCAGGUGACACGGGCGCAGCUGUCGUCUGUAGAAGCGCAGUCGAAGGGCAAACCACUCAACAUCGAGACACUCGACACAUCUACAAACGACGUGGAAACGCGCCUUGACGCGACCAUGGCCAAGUUGCGGCGAGCAGGCGUCAUCGCCAUUCUGCGCGCAAAGAACCCAGAUGCAGCCAUUGCGCGGGGCUUGGAGCUGUGUGACAUGGGCUGCAGGGCCAUCGAAGUCACCCUCGACACCGUUAAUUGGCGCCGUGUGCUGGCUGAGCUUGCAGCGAAGGUGCCAUCGCACGUGUGUGUCGGCGUCGGCACAGUUAUGGAUGUGGAUGUGCCCAUCAUCAAGGACAUUGCUGCCCUAGGUGCUGCGUUUGCACUGUCGCCAAUUGAGCCAAAAGGUUUCAUUGACGAAUGUCACAAGCACGGCGUCCUCGCUGUUCCCGCAGGGAUGACGUCGAAUGAGCUGUGGGAUAUGCACCGCCGCGGGGCGCGCGUCAUCAAACUCUUCCAUGCCAGCAUGCUUGGCCCAAGAAUCCUCAAGUCGAUGCUCAGCGUGUCUCCGCUGCGCCAGAUGAACAUUGCGCCCUCUGGUGGCUGUUCACCUGAUAACGCGCAUCAGUGGUGGGAUGCAGGCGCGUUUUCCGUUGGCAUGGGCGCCAACCUCACAGGCAAAGACAUUGUCCACCCUGCAGGGUCUGCUGAGUAUGAGCAAGGGCGGCGGCAUUGGGAAGAACAGGGGCGCGAGGUUGCCAAGCAGCUGUUUGUGGCAGUGCAAAGCAGGUUUCGCUGAAGAGGAAGAGGUUGCCAAGGAACGCCUGUUUCCCGCGAAAUUUGUAUGUUUCGCACAUAAACAGCAUCAACAAUCGGUGCGCAUUGAC